CACGAUUAAAUAAUACAAAUAUAUCUUUGUUUUUUCUUUCUAGAACACUCGACAUAUAUAAAUACCAUCACAUACCUUCUUGUUCUCUACACCAUUUAUAUAAACAAACCAUCCAUAGUAACCAAAACCACACAACAAAACACAUGGCUAAGCUCAUUUUCUUUCUCGCCGUCCAAAUCCUCCUCCUCGUCGUCGUUUCUUCCGCCGGAGACGGUGACGACUUCGCUAGAACCAUGGACCGUAAACUUCUCGGUCUCCAUAGAAAAGAGAAGCUUACCCAUUUCAAAGUCUAUUGGCAUGACCUCUUAAGCGGUCCAAACCCAACUUCCAUCAUGAUCCAGCCACCGGUAACAAACACUUCCUACUUCGGAGCCAUCUCUAUGAUCGACAACGCUUUGACGGCGAAAGUUCCGAUGAACUCCACGGUGUUGGGCCAGGCCCAAGGGUUUUACGCCGGAGCGGCCCAAAAGGAGUUGGGAUUUCUGAUGGCGAUGAACUUUGCUUUCAAGACAGGGAAAUAUAACGGGAGCACGAUCACGAUCCUUGGUCGGAACACGGCGAUGUCGGAGGUUAGAGAGAUGCCAAUCGUCGGAGGAAGUGGGCUUUUCCGAUUUGCUAGAGGCUAUGUUGAGGCUAGGACAAAGUGGAUUAAUCUCAAGAACGGAGAUGCUACUGUAGAAUAUAGUUGUUACGUGUUGCAUUAUUGAGGUUAAGGAUAUUUUUGUCGUUUUGAUAUAUUUAAUUUGACUACGCAAUAAUUAAUAAAAACAGAUUUCAAUCUAUCGUGUUUUCUUUAGUUUUUUUUGGCUUUUGGCUUUUAUGGUUUUGUGUGUGGUGGACGUUGCGUGGGAGUUGUUUCGUAAUUUAUUAAUAAUAUAUAUCUAAUUUUAUUUUUGA